UCAUUGGUUUAGCCCAUGGGUUCAGCGUCACCGGAGUGCACCGUGCAAAAAGGAGAAUGGUGGCGGCGGCGACGAAUCAGCUCCAGCCUCGCGUACACAGCUGUAAACACUAGGGUGGCGAGGGGCGCGGGGACAGUGUACGGUGACUACCUGGCCUUACCAAUCCGUGCUGGCGCUUGCUCCGUGAAUUUUGAGCAGUUUUGGGAGGAUCUGAAGUUGUUUGCAAAGAUGUUUGGAAGGAUACUUGUUCUUAGUCUGCUCUGUGUGGCACUUGCUGACGACUUCUAUGAGCUGCUGGGUGUUCCAAGAAAUGCUGAUGUUAAAGAUAUAAGAAAGAAAUUUAAAGAAAAAGCCCUUUUGCAUCAUCCAGACAAAAACAAGGAUGACCCUGAGGCACAUGAAAAAUUUGUACGAAUCAACCGUGCUUAUGAGGUUCUCAAGGAUGAGGAUCUGAGGAAAGUGUAUGACCUCCAUGGUGAAAAAGGUCUGGAUGGAGGAAGCUCAGGGCACCAGUAUCACUCUUGGAGUUACUACCGGGACAACUUUGGUAUCUACGAUGAUGACCCAGAGAUCAUCACUCUUAAUAAAGCAGAUUUUGAACAAAGUGUGACAGGAUCUUCAGACAUCUGGUUCAUUAAUUUCUACCAUCCCAUGUGUUCCCACUGCCACACCUUGGCUCCUGUGUGGCGGAAGGUGGCUCGGGAGUUAGAGGGAGUGGUCAGGAUUGGUGCUGUGAACUGUGAUGAUGACUACCACUUGUGCUCCUCGCAGGGCAUUCGCUCAUAUCCAACACUUGUGUCCUAUCCAGGAAAUGUUCAAUACAAGGAAGACAAGAGCAAGAGGCUGCUAGUGAACUACAUGCUGCGGCAGGUGAAGACAAAGGCGGUGCUCCUCACCCAAGCAGGCUUGCAGGAUACACUAGCAAAGAAGCAGCAUGCUGACAAACCCUGGAUUGUGAUGUUCUAUGAGACAAUGGAUGAAAAAGAAGAGUCCUGGGCACUACAGACUAAACUUAGUGCAAUAUUUGAUGGCUUGGUCAGUGUAGGCUUUGCAGAAUGCUACAAAGAGGAAGAUUUCUGUACAAAGCUUGGCUUACAUUCUGGAGUGAUGUUCUUUGAUACUGGAAAAAUAUCUGAGCAAGGUACCAAGAUACAAAGCCUUGAUGCUCAAGAAAUCUCUAGAGAGGUUCUGGGAUUCCUACCUGAAAUGAAAUUACUUGAUGAUGAAACUUUCAAGGAAAUUCGUGAGAAGCUUGAUUCUCAUGAAGAAAAUGUGUCUUGGCUCAUCCAGUUCAGUGGUGACAAUGAUGAUGAUGCUUUUGAGAUACGCAAACUGCCAGCGCUGGUCCCCUCAUUGAAUCUUGGAAGAAUUAAGUGUUCACAGAUGAAGAAGCAUUGUGAUGACCUAUACAUUGGGAAGACUCCAUCAUUUAUGCUUCUCAAACCAGGUGGAGGAUAUGAAGUUCAUCAUGGGAGGCAGCUGGCUCAUGACAUUGCAGUGUUUGCACGGGAAGGAGCCUCAGCGACAAACUUUCAGAUCCUGACACCCCAGAAAUUCCCAAAGGUGCUGAAUGAUGGGUCUACUUGGUUUGUGGACUUUUAUGCCCCAUGGUGUCCACCAUGUAUGAAAUUACUGCCAGAGUUUCGCAAGGCCAGCAAACUUGUUGACUCACCAAUAAAGUUUGGAAGCAUUGACUGCACACUACAUCAAGACCUAUGUAGCAAGUUCAACAUUCACCAGUAUCCCACCACCAUCCUGUACAACCAAAGCGUACCUCAUGAGUACUUGGGUUACCACAGUGCUGCAGACAUUGUUGCAUUUGUGACUGACACCUUAAAUCCAGUAGUUGUGGAACUUGACAUUGAGAAGUUUGACAAGUUUGUUGGUAAUAAACCCCGUGGAGAAGUAUGGGUAGUGGAUUACUUCGCUGGGUGGUGUGGGCCAUGCAGAGCUAUGGCCCCUGCUUACAGGAAGUUUGCCCGCAUGAUGAUUGACCAUCCACUUGUGCAUGUUGCAACUAUAGACUGUGCAGUCUAUGAUGGACUCUGUAGAGAGCAAGGGAUUAACAGCUAUCCAUCCAUCAUGUUAUACAAGGCAUCAAGCUAUGGAACACGAGCACCUAUUAAGUAUCAGUGGCAGUCAAGGAGUGCUGAUGCUUUCCGUCAGUGGACCUACACUCAUCUUCCUUCCAUAGUGGAUGAACUGGAUGCUGAGAAGUUUGAAAGUCUCCUUCACAGCUCCCAGCCUUGGAUCGUGGAUUUCUUUGCUCCCUGGUGUAGUCACUGUCAUGCUUUUGCUCCAGACUUCGAGGAUAUUGCUAAAGCUUUAGAUGGUGUGGUAAUGGCAGGGAAGUUGAACUGUGACCUCUACAGGAGGGUAUGUCAGUCUGCAGGAGUCAAUGCUUACCCAACAGUGUAUCUGUACAGAGGGUCACAGUCACAUCAUCGCCAAAAUGCUCGUGGGUUGGAGUUUCCAUCCUUAGCCAAGCAAGAUAUCAUAAACACAGUUCCUCGGUGGCUGCCAAAGAAUAAAAUACGUGAUGAAUUGUGAUGCAGAUAAGCUUAAGGUAUGUGAGGUCAUACAGCAUGACAGUGGGAUAUGCUGUGCUGAGUUUUCUAUCUUGAGAAUUAUAUACCUAAUUUUUAAGUAACAAAUAUGUACUUUAUUUAGGCUAAAUAAUUUCACUUUUUAUUAUGUUUACACUUAUACCUUGCUUUCUCCAGAACUCUCCACUUUUAUAUUUAUUUCUAAAAGCGAUAUUUAAAUUAUAUUUUUAGUGUUGUAAUGGUUGUGUUGGUUGGCAACUUUGUUGUGGGCUUAUGGGCCUGAAAUGGAUUACCUAACAUAGAUAGUAGUAGUCAUAGUUAUGUUUAUUUAGCAUUCUCCACUGUAAAUUAUUUUCCUCAGUUUUCUUGCAGUAGUAUUUAUAGUGGUACAUGAAUGUGUUUCUUGAAAAAUAGGUGCUAUUAAUUUUCUCUGGAAUCAAUUAACAUUCAGUAAGUAUAUAAUUUGGUAAGAAAUGUCUCAAAUUUUUAUGACAUGCCUGUAUGAAAAUAUGUAGACAGGAGUAUAAAAACUGGCUUGAUUUAUUGGAUGAUCUUGAAUGCAAAACUGGCAUGCACUAAGAUUUUGUGUGCCACAAAGAGUAAGAUAGGAUUUUAUGCAAUAUUUUUUCACCAUUGGAAAUUAUAUAUAUGGUGAAAACAGAGGGACAUGUAACAUGAGUUGACAAGCAGUGAAAGAAAAAAAAAUGUUAAUACCAGUGCCAGAGAAGAAUGAAGAACUAAGUUGAUAGUUUUACUGAAGAAGAACUUUUAGAAGUUUCUGUUGAGUUCAUUCAUUUGGCUGACAUCAUAUACUUUUAUCAUUUUAUAUAUCAUAUAUUUUUAUCAUAUAUAUCAUGAGAUUCAUUCAUGUCAUAAGCAAAAUUUGGGAUCUGCCACAUUAUUGGCAAUAGUUUUCUUAAACCAUUCACUCCUCUUUAUUCCAGUAAACCCUCACUAAGGGACAACCUCUGUGGAAUAUCUGAGUUACCCAAAGAUGUAAAUAUGAUGUGUACUAUUGGCCAUGUGCACACUAACCCUUAAUAAAAACAUGUUUUCACUUGUAUCUGUCCUUGCUCACCAACACUCAUUAAUACAUGGUUAUUUUACAAAAAAUAUAACAAAAUAUUGUAAAGAUAUACCUAAUAGUGCUGAGUUAUCUGAAAUAAAGUAUAUUACAAGUAACUGCAAUGGAUGAAACUAUGAAUUAUUACUUGCUAUUGAGUAACAUGUAGUAACCGUAGAACAAGUGUAAGCUUAAGCUAUCCAGAGUUGAUGUAGUGUUGAAACUACUAUUUAUUCAAAACAGUCUUGCAACACACACACACACACAACAAUGAAUUACCCACCAGUAAGUACAUAAUGGCAAAGAUAUAGGUACACUUAAUACAGUUAGGUAAGGGUUAAACUGUGCAAGCAUGUGUGGAUGGUUGUAUGUGACAUACCAUCUAUUGUUUUAAUGGUACCAUCCAAAUUCUAUCUGUAAAUCUUCAAAUAACCCUGAUAUUCAUCCAGGUUAUGUGUAGGCAUCUGAGGCCCUGAAAGCAUCCAGGUUAUCUGAUCAUAAAAUGAUACAAAUUAGAGGGGGUUUACUGUUCAUUAAGGAUUUCCUGUAAAUUAAUAGUGAUGAAUACAUCAUGGCCAUCUCACCAUAUCUGUGACUGUCAUUAAUGUAGAAAAUCAUUAAUUGUUUACCCUACAUAAACAGUAUUUAGAGGUGGCAAUGUAACCAGAGAAGAUUGCAUUGUCUAAUAGAUGGGAAGCAGAGCUCAGCACAAAAAUUGUGAUUUUGUGUUACUUAGUGACACACACUUUCUCAUUUCAUACACAUCAUCAUGAUAGUUUUAUAAUGAUAAGGAUUUUUCAGCUUUGAGCUUUUAUGAAGGUGUCAAGAUUAAUCCAAAAAGAUAAUGAUGAGUAUAUAUGUGUUUGGGAUAACUGUGCUGGCAUAAUAAGUGAACAGUUUAAUUUUGUAAGACUCAACUUCAGUACUAGCAGUAUUUGAUGCCAUCUUUCUUUCGAUUAAUCAAAGUUAACAGAAUAUCAGGUUGAAUUUUAAUAAAUCAUUAUUACCAUUGCCAUUGUAUACAUAUUUUAUAUUAGUGGAAAAUAUCUGAAAACUUCAUCAGUGUUCAUAAUCAGAAACAAAUUGUCACUUGUCCAUUCUCAGACUUAAUAGACAUUGCAUUGAUAAUUAAAAUUUAUGGUGCUUUAAAUAAUCACGUGUAUUAAUAUAUAUUAAAUAAUGAAUAUAUGCAUCUUAAGCAUUUCAGAAAGCAGAACAGCUGAUGGACAAUUGCUAUAGAUAAAAAUUAUUUUCAAUGCCACACAGAUAUACCAGCCAUUUACAAUGAUUGCAAGAAAUAAUAGAAAAUAGAAAAUAUCAUUGCAAGAUCUAUUUUUAUAUCAUUGCUUCAUUGCAAAUACUAGUGGUGUUAUAGUCAUGUGUGUUAUAGUCAUGUGUUUCUAUGGUAGCUGUGAAAGCAUCUCUUAAAGUCAAAUUUCUUGUAAUCCUAAGUAAUUAUUUUCUGUGGAGGUAAAAGUAAUUCAUUAAUGAGUUGUGGUAAAUCUACUUACAGGGAAGGAAAGGCAACUUUGUGCCCAUGAUGGAGUGUGCUGAUAUGCUAAAUAUAUAUUCACCUUCAUUUCCAUGACUUAAUAUGAGAUAGCAAAUUUAAAUUUGGAUGGUUAAACUAUACCCAUAACAAAGGAAUGCCAAAUCCAAAGUCCUUCAUUAGGAGGCACUUUCCCAGCCAUGAUAGACUAGGGAAACAGGAUGUAAAAAAAAUAAAAUAAAUAAAUAAAUAAAUAAAUACUGUGCCACACAUUACAGUAAUUUCGCUUGUAAAUUUCAGCUAAAAAGUAGAGAGAGGCCUCACAUGCUAACUUGUGUAAAUGGUUUGUCUUAAAUAUUUUUUCAUAUAUCUUUCAUGAAAGAUAUUUUAGAUCCACUACAGUGUAGAUGUUGAUGUAUACCAGCUAUCAUCUUGGUAUUAUGCUUCAAAUUAUUAAGUUCUAUCAAUAGUCGUGCCAACCACUCUAUGAAUUGUGAUAAAACCUUGUGAAAUGUUUCUCCUUUAUGAACAAAUGUUUGUGCAAAAUAACUGAAUAGAUUUUGUACACUAUUUUAGUAUUAUGCAUUUCUAUAAUCAGUUAUUGUUAGCAUGUAUGGACUAACCAGUCAGUAUUCAGGUACAGUAUGACCAUUCUGUUACUUUAGUACCCUUAAAUAUUCAUGACAAGAUUGUUUUCAGGUAUAGAAUAUGUUGAAUACAAGGAGAGAAAGUAAAUUAACAAAGUUUCAAGCUUUAACUUACUGGGUUAGUAUUCCUUAUAGGAAAGUACUGUUGACAUGAGAGAAAAUGUUACCUUCUAAGUCAUAUCGUCUUCAGUCUGUUUUUAAAUUUUGUUGAAUCUCAUGUUUGCACGAUUUAUAUGCUUACUUUACAUUUUUAUGUACUUCCAGAAUGAACUAUGUUGUAUUUAUUACACAAUUAUUUGUUUGUUAUGUCAUUUAUGGCAGGUCUGAGAACACCAUUUGUUCCCAUUAAAGUUUGGAAAACAGGCAAUGGAUUAAUUUAAAUACUAAUGUAAUAUCAGUUCCAGUGUUCUAAUAAUGCGUGUUUAGUUUCAUUCCACAUUAAUUUUAAUUAUCUGGGGAGUGAUUACUGCAGAGUGUGAAAUUGAACCAUCAUGCUGCACGGGUCUAUGUUUUCCAUGACAAGUGAUCCAUUUUACCUGCUUAUUCUGUUGUGAUACACCUGUAUAACUAUGAAUGAAUAAAGUAUGGAUGUGUCUGAAGAAAUCAAAGGAGUUAUGCAUACCUUUGCCAAGAUUCCAUCCCAGAAUGUAAUGCAUAUGAUGGUCAUUUCAAGUCC